UAUCCAUUCAAACUGGCCAGGCGAUAUAUAAAGAACCUUGUCCUGGUCUCCCCUCAUGUGCAUCUCCUUCCCCUCUUCAUCAUCCAUUCCUCAGAGCCCGACGAACCAGUCUGUUAGUGGAACUGAGCUGCUCUUUGCGUCUCGCCCAAUAAACUACUAGCUGCCCUCCUAAUCACUUUCUUCCCAUCGCUAUAUACUUUCAGUCCAGUCAACCGCAGCCAUGUUCUCUAGUACCGUGGCCCGUCCACUACAGCUGGUCACCCGGUUUAUGCAGUGGGCCAGUGCAGUCAUUGUGAUGGGUAUCACUUCAUACUUCAUCCACAAGGGACCUCGCGGCCAGCAUACCAUCUAUUGGGAAGUCAUUUCGACCAUGUCUGUUAUCUUCUUCCUGCCCGCCUUUAUCUCGCCGUUCAUGCCCAACGCCUUGAGCAAGUUUGUCCUGAUCAUCGACGUCGUCUUCUCGUACCUCUGGCUCACGGCUUUCAUAUUUGCCGCACAAGAUUACAACUGGCACAACUGCGCCGCCAACUCUCCCCCUGGACUGUCCUGCUCUAAGAAGAAGGCCAACGAAGCUUUCAUCUUCCUGACCUUCAUCUUCACCUUCUUCGCCAUGUUCCUCGAAGUCGGUGCCCUCUGGGCCUACCGUCGCGAGAGCACCCCAGUCCGGGAGAAGACCCUUAACGCCCACGGCGGUCCUGCUGACGCGCCUGUGGCCACAGCCUAGACUUCAGACCCGACUACAGAUAAUACCAUCUCAACUGAUAGGGGCGACGACGCAUGUCAACGUCAUCUCUUGUGCAUCCAUUUAUCUGUCCGCAGCUACGUCUCGCACAAGAGAUAGCUGUCGUUCGUCUCCUGCGAGAUGAUUAUUCGAUACUUUCUCU